AUGGACAUGAAGAGAGAAGAUGCAAUUAACAUAUUGAAGGGUUGUGGUUUUGCGGGCGAGAUAGCCAUUUCUGACCUCACAGCAAAGUCACUUAUUAAGAUCACUGAAGACAGUACACUGUGGAUGCACGAUCAGAUUAGGGACAUGGGAAGGCAAAUCAUUAGAGAUGAAAACCUUUUGGAUCCCGGCAUGUGUACUAGACUGUGGGAUUGCGAUGAAAUCAUGAAUGUCUUCAAGGAUGAUAAGGUAAAGAUUCCAGCAUGA